CGCCAUGAAGCCGCUGCCGCUCACGGCUUUGGUCGUCACUUUACUGGCGGCGGUGAGUGUAGCGGAAGAUGUGUCUUCAAUUGAUGUCAGCAAUAUGGUGAGCCUAACAACGGAGAAGCCCACCGGCCCGGAGAAAAUGCCUGGCGAGUGGGUGGAGCGCACCAUGUGGAAGAUGCGCUGGGUGCGCGAGUGGCGCCAGAAGAUGAUCUGGGUGCCGGUCUGGAAGAAGGUGUGGGGCCCGAUGCACAUCCGCGAGUGGGUGCCCAUGCCGCGCGCGCCGCCCCAGAUGGCCGUCUCCUGGAAGCAGCUGCACAACGUCAACGCCGAAGACGCGGAGGUCGGCGACAACGCCGUCUACGACCAGCAGCCGCAGCAGCAGCAGCAGGUGCCGACCAAGAGGUCUCUACCCAGGCCCGUACUCGUCGCCAGGACCGGCAAGUGAGGGCCGCCUGUCUUUCCCCCACCUGCUGUCUCCUCGCCAGCAAUCUCUCGUAUCCUGCACUGGUGAACUGUUCGUGCUGCAGGAUUAGUUCCUCGAGGAAAGAAUUUAUCGGUAGCAUCGUGCACUAUCGGACUACU